CUGGUACCCGGCGUGUCUGCAUUCGAUUUGUUGACGGGCACCUGUCGCUUCCGCCGCAAUUUUAAGCAACCAAGAUGGCACAACAAUUAGCAACAGUGGGGCGUUUUACCAACGCCAUGUACCGGGUUGGGGCCGUUACAGGUGUUAUCAGCGUUGCCUCUGGUUUGGCAUACUACCUUGCCUACUACAAACCCAGACAAAAGGUCUUUAACAAGAUCAACAACCUUUCCCCUGAAUUCUUCAAGGAACAGAAUGAUCGACUAAAGAGAUAUGGUCUCUCAGCCGGUGGACCGCCACCCAUUCCAGACAGUGUAAUCGAGAAUAUCAAAAAAAAUCUCAGCCAAACACCCGUAGAAAAAUUGAAGAUUGCAGCUCGAGGAGCAUUAACAUAUGAUUUGUUGAAAGCUAGUGGUGCUGAGGAGAAUGUCCUGCAAGAAUAUAUGGAACUAGUGGUGAAUUGUGAUAAGAAGGCACUUGAUAGCAUUGACCGAGAGCUUGGAUUAGACAAAGAGUUUUCUGAUGCUUCUUGGACCACCAUAGCUCAGAAUAUGAAAGAAUUGAAGGGUGCAAGCAAAGGCCAAUUCGACAUGUUCAUCGCCAGGUUGAACAACAAGGAAUGUCUGAAACCAACAAACGAAGAAGUGAAGGCUGGCUUGGCAAGAGUUAAAGCUGGAGAGGAGUACGCAGAUGUCAUCAGAGAUAUGGUUCGCACCAAACGCAAGGAAGUUCAGGAGAAAGAAAUGGCAGCACAACAAUAGGUUUAAGGUUGCUGUUGACUGGAUAAUCAUUUAAUCUUGUGACAAGUUUCUCUUCAAUUUUAGAUAUGAAAACACAAAUGAAAAAUUUGAUUAGAGUUGAAUCAGUGUUACUAAAAUAUUUGGGAGCAAAGACUUACAGAAUUGUUUGUGGUUGUUAUUAAGACAUAUAAAUAUGGGACUUGCAUAGAAUCUAUGUAUACCCAAAUUUAAAGAACUUGUAUUGUUAGGAAUUGGUUUCUGUGACAGAUGUCAAUAAAAUAUUUAUAUGA